CUGCCUCAGACCCCGCCUGCUGCAGGAGAGCGACCUGGAUACGCUCCACAUGUCCUGUUUAAACAAGCCAGCUUUCCCUGAGCGCUCACAGGAGGGGACGGGCGGUGAAGAGCAGACAGCUGGCGACUGGCGCUGGUGUUAAAACCUUGUUUUUGCAGCGGUUUCCGUCCCUGAAGUCAGGCUGGUUUUUGGCCUCUGCUCAGUGUCAUCUUGCAUCCUGUGAUCAGACUGCUGUAAACUGGGAGGGGGCGACACUGAAUGGACAAAACAUGGGGUCAGAUGAGGCCUACAACUUUGUCUUUAAGGUGGUUCUCAUAGGAGAGUCUGGUGUAGGAAAGAGCAAUCUGUUGUCCCGCUUCACCAAGAAUGAAUUUAACCACGACAGUCGCACAACCAUCGGGGUGGAGUUCAGCACACGGACGGUGCAGCUCAACAGCUUCACCAUCAAAGCUCAGAUCUGGGAUACGGCCGGGCUGGAGCGAUACCGCGCCAUCACUUCUGCGUAUUACAGAGGCGCUGUUGGAGCCCUGCUGGUUUAUGACAUCACCAAACACCUCACCUAUGAGAGCGUGGAACGCUGGCUAAAGGAGCUUUACGAACACGCUGACCCCCAGAUCGUGGUAAUGCUGGUGGGCAACAAGACUGACCUGGAGUCAGAGAGAUCUGUGCCCACUGAGGAGGCCAAAGACUUCUCAGAGAAGAACGGCCUUUUAUUCCUGGAAACUUCGGCCUUGGACUCCACAAAUGUGGAAGCAGCAUUCAACAGUGUCUUAACAGAAAUUCACAAGAAGGCAAGCAGUAAGGGAGUGGUGCGAGGCACCGUGAGCGCGGUGUCCCUGAACAGCCCUAAACCAGAGAGCACAGAGGAGAGGCCCUGCUGCAGGAACAUUUGAUCCCACCAUCCUUCAGGAGCCCGGGGGCCUCAGGGUGGGAAACCCCUCCUUCAGCUGCGGCCCUGAGCUGGAGUUUGAUGGAGGCAACUUCAGGCAGCGAUAUAAGUGGUUCUGGCUUUAGUGUUGCAACUUUAAGUUGACUGAUUUAAGAGCUGUAUUGUCUGCAUGGUGGUAAGAUGCAUUUGAAAAUGUGAACGGCUGUAGCUGGAAACCACCAGCAGUCUUUUGAGAAUCUUCUUCACUACUGAACAAAGGUCAAAGGUGAAAGUAAACUGUGCUACAUGUCAGAUUAUUUAUAAUCCAUCCAGGAAAUUGGAGACAUAUCAUGGCAGGUUUCAGUGUUUUUCCCUAAAGCAGCAGCAGCGUGUGCUCCAGCUGAUUAUCUGUGAGGAGGCUGAUUGCACUUCUGUUGAGAAAUAAAUGGAGACAAAUUA